AUGGGCGUCAUCGGCGGCGGGAGGACGGAGGCGAUCAUGCGCGAGAUCGCGAGCCUGCGCGCCCAGCGGGACGAGCUGGACAGCCGCAUUCGCUUCUUCGAGUCCCAGCUCCGCGUCGGCGGCGCCGCGCCGGCGGCCACGCUUCCUCCCAGCUUGUCCACCAAGCUCGACGCCAUGGGGUGGCACGCCGCCGCCGCCCAAGGGGGCGGCGGCCUGAGCCCCGACAUGGUUAGACGCUACAGCCGCCACCUCCUCCUCCCGGACUUCGGCGUGCAAGGGCAACGGAGGCUCUCUCAGUCAUCAGUCCUGGUGGUCGGAGCCGGAGGCUUGGGCUCGGCCGUAGCAUUGUACCUGGCUGCCUGUGGCGUUGGCUCUCUAGGCAUUGUUGAUGGAGACGACGUUGAACUUGGCGACCUCCAUCAUCAGGUCAUACACGUAGAAGCAUACGUUGGGCAGCCUAAGCCUCUCGUAUCCGGUUCAACAAGUGGUCUAGAAGGACAGUUGACGGUUUAUAACCAUAAUGGAAGUCCAUGUUACCGGUGUCAUUUUCCAAACCCAACAGCAUGCCAGAGUAGCUCUACUAAUUGUACUCUUGGGGUUGUUCCAGGAGUGAUUGGAAGCCUACAAGCUCUUGAAACUAUAAAGGUUGCAACUCGUGUUGGUGAACCCCUUUGUGGAAGAAUGCUACUCUUUGAUGCAUUAUCCUCCCGUUUUAAGACUGUUAAUAAGAUUCAUCAAAGGUCAUCAACUUGCACAGUUUGUGGAGAGAAUUCUAAUUUGACUCAAGACACUUUUGUUAUGUUUGAUUAUGAUAGUUUCGCACAAUCUACAAACCGACGGCAAUCCAGAACCCGCUCCCGAAGAACGCCCGGAUCACCUGCAUGCAUAGAAUACAAGGGGGUGCUCGACAGCGGCAGGGCUCACCUGCUGCUGGACGUGCGGCCGGUGCACCACUUCCAGAUCGCCUCCAUCGCCAACUCCGUGAACAUCCCGCUGGACGAGCUGCAGGAGAGGCUUCCCCGGCUCAGGGACGCUCUGAGCGAGGUGGCGGACGUGUCGCACGGCAAUCACCGCCCCCUGUACUUCGUCUGCCAGUGUGGCGAUGACUCCCUGGCGGCCGUCGGCAUACUCCGGGAGAAUGGGUUCCCUUACGCCAGUGCUAUUGCCGGCGGCCCUUGA